GGGAGACGGAGCGGAGCAGCCGCGCGACCUUCGGGAUCCGACGGAGCUGGGGCCGCCCCGUGGGGCCUGCCGUGCGCCGGGGCGUGAGGCGGGGCGGCUGAAAAGAUCCUCCACGCUUCUUCAUAUAAUUACCACGGCUGAAAUCCCAGCAAGAGUCCCAACAGCUAGCAGCUCUCCUACCAGGACAGCUACCCUAAAACAGUUAUCAACAAACACAUAUAAAGUUUUCUCAUUCACAGAUUAAAGGCUAUCUUUCCAGAUAGUCCAUCUACUGAAUCACUGGUUUCCAAGAACAUUAGCAUCUCCUGUGGGAACAUGAGAUUCUUGCACACCAGAUGUUCUUGACAACUCAUCUGGUCAUACCCUCUGUAUGAAAGCUCUUUCACCAGUCGGCAACCAAGGUGACUACUGAGCUUCUUUUCAUACCCAGUAGAUACAGAAUCACUGCCAGAGUGCACACAUGUGUUCACAAUACCAGAACUGAGACUCCACUAAGAGAAUCAGCUUGCCUAACUGAGGACCCCCCUCCUCUUGGGUAACCAGGUUUGAAGGAGAUACUCUGACCUGUGCCACUGGUAAGUGACUACUACUAUUACACACUGAACUGGUCCUGAAGGCUAAGAUGUCUUCUUCAUAAGUGAAGAAUAAAGAACAUAAUCUUGAAGAACUGUGCAAGUGGUGUGGGAGAGGCACACUGUGUAUACAAUGGACUGAGAAAUAGACAAACUUGGUGAAAAGGUUUUUCUUCUCAUAUUCUUAUUAGCCAGUGUUAGUCAAUAAUCUAUUUUGCUUGUUGUUAUUUUCUGUUUCCUUACUCUGUGUAAUUCUAAUGGGUCCCAGAAUUCCCUCUCCUGAUCGCUUAUCAGAAUCAGAAAGUGAGGAGGAAGAUAACAUUAGCUACCUAGAUGAGAGUUCUGGAGAAGAGUGGGAUUCCUCUGAAGAAGAAGACCCUAUGGUGCCCAACCUAACACCUCUUGAGAGUCUUGCCUGGCAGGUUAAGUGCCUUUUGAAGUAUUCUACAACUUGGAAGCCUUUAAAUCCUAAUUCCUGGCUAUAUCAUGCAAAACUCUUGGAUCCAAGCACCCCAGUCCAUAUACUUCGAGAGAUAGGUCUGAGACUUUCUCAUUGUUCCCACUGUGUCCCCAGACUGGAACCAAUUCCUGAAUGGCCCCCUCUGGCCUCUUGUGGAGUCCCACCUUUCCAGAAGCCCCUAACCAGUCCCAGUCGGCUCUCGAGAGAUCAUGCCACCCUAAAUGGAGCAUUGCAAUUUGCCACCAAACAGUUAAGUCGAACAUUGAGUAGAGCUACUCCCAUCCCUGAAUACUUAAAACAGAUUCCUAAUUCUUGUGUUUCUGGUUGUUGCUGUGGCUGGCUAACUAAAACAGUUAAGGAAACAACUCGCACUGAGCCCAUCAACACCACUUACUCUUACACUGACUUCCAAAAGGCGGUUAACAAACUCCUGACUGCAUCAUUGUAAAGAUCAGUAUUUGCUCCAGCAUCUGAUUAAGAAAGGAGUACAGUUGAGAAACUCAUACCUACUCAAUAAAACUGUGCCAUACCUUGACAAGCUAAAGUGCUACUAAGUAUUGAAUCACUCCAGAGUCCUGUAGUUCCGCUAAAGAAAAUGUUUAUUAUGUAUAUGUCGUCUAACAAACCCUGUGGAUAAAAUGACAAGAAUUAGUCGAAAAGAUUAUAUUUUGCCAGGCACCAGUGGCUCAUGCUUGUAAUCUCAUAACUACUCAGUAGGCUGAGAUCUGAGGCUUACAGGUA